CGCGACUGUCACGUUGUCACGCCAGUCGUAUACAUUUGUUCCCAGUCAUUCUCGUUCUAUGUCAUAGACAACAGAAUUCCUCAUCAAACACACAAUGUUCCUUCGACGGGCAUAUGGACGGCUAUCCGCCACUACUUUUCGUCGGAUUACAGGUAAAUACAGAAAAAAACUUAUAUAAAAUCUUAUACUAAUAAGUUUUGUGAAGAAAACGACCAACCCACGUGAAGGAUUGGUCGAUCGAUCGUCCUCUUUGUUCCCUCGCUUGAGUAAUCGGAACCACGAGCAAGACCAUAAAAUCAACUUUACUUCAAGCCGUUACAUAGGAGCUUAUUCGCAGAGAACCCAACCAUUUGGUAGCCUUUACAUAAAACAGUGAUAUAGAGUAUUUGCAUUGAGCUGGUGGAGUGCACCUCCCCAGCUGUUAAACUCACGUACACUGACAGUGUGACCAUGCGCCACUCGGACGUUCUAAGUAAAAUAGCAAGUUACGAAAUUAACGGGAAGUAAACCUGCUUUUAUUUCACGAUUCAACCACUUUUUGAUGUCUUUUUGAUGUGCUCUUUUAGAGCAGAAGAUGACAUGUGUUUCACUCACUGGAAAACAGAAGAUGGCGGGGGGGGGAUGUACGUUGUUGUGUUACUCGUUGGGAAGGGGCGGGGGAGGAGGGAGUGUUGGCUUCUGUAACACCAAGCUAUGAAAAGGAGAGGGAAGCCAAAUGUAUAACUGUUUGGUUAUAUCGCGAUUUGUAAAUAGGCAGUUUACAAAAGUGAUUGUGAUGACAAAGUUUGGGGAUUUCCCUAAAUUGAUCUUUUUAAAUAGUGUUUAUGAGCCUGAGGGCUAAUUAUCACGCCAUUUGAAUCAGUCAUCCACAUACUCCCUUUUAUGUAUCUUAAAAAUGAUUUUUUCUCAACUGAGGGAAAGAGCCCUAAGGGGUUUUCUGAAAUUAACUGUAGUUUCAAAAAGUUGUUAAUGGCAACAAAAGGUUUAGUUAAGAACUUGUUUGUAUUUUGUGCCAGUUUGUUUUGUUCUAAUUUCCUCCUAUUUUUUUGUAAAACAAACUUUGUUAGGUUUCUAAUUAAAGUCAUCUUAGCGUGACAAGUUGCUUGCUUCUGAGAUGUGUGCUUUCUCUGAGGGAAAAGCUUACAUUUUUAAUGUUCUGUAAAAAUCUUUUAAUCUGACACAUGAGGGGUUUAGCAUUAUGAAAUUAUUUAAAUUGGAUAUUAUGUAAACAUUAAACAGGUUAAGUUACAUCUAAAUUUUUUUAUGUCAUUUUGGCUGCUAUUGGAGACUAAUUUUGGCAGAUUUUUUUUUUGGGUGUUUCCAAGACUUCUUUUUUUUAAUACUCCUACCACUGCUGUUGCUACUAUUUACUACUACUACUACUACUACUACUACUACUACUACCACUACCACUACCACUACCACUACCACUACCACUACCACUACCACUACCACUACCACUACCACUACCACUACCACUACCACUACCACUACUACUACUACUGCCACAGUGUUUUAAAUGGAGCAUUUUUAAAUGGGCUUACGUUUGCAGAAUUAUUCUUUUUAUUCAUUUUUUUUCUUUAACUUUCUUUAACAAGUGGCAAGGAUGUCUGUAAAACUUUGUUUGCCUCUUCCCUCUUACAAAGUGUCAUGUUAAAAAUUGGCCCAUUAAUGUUGUUUCAGAGAAAAUGGGUGAAAGGCUUACUUCAACGCAAGCCACCAAAGAGAAGGUAAUUUAACAGAAAAAGGAAACUAAUGUGGAAGUGCUUAUUAAAACUACUGUUCCACAGCAAAACCUCAGCUAGAAAGCUAAAAAACACAGGUAUAGGUAGUGAUUGAUCAAAAGAAGGGCCGGAACAUCUUUCUUUGGUUUGACAGUAAAACAUAAUUAUGUUACUCUUUAAGUCUGAUCAAUAACAAAUGCGCAGUUUACAUGCCCAGGUUAAAUCGUUCUGUUUUUGACAGUAAUGUAGUAGUUAAGUCCGAUUUCCAGACAUUUUGCUUGACCACAUUCCUGUCUGGAGAAGAAUACAAACCAGACCCCCAAAAAGGAAGGAAAAUCUAGCAUGGAUGUUAGAAGAUAACAGCAAUCAAACUAAUAGACAAUAAUCUUUAUUAAGUAAGUAAGUAAGUAAGUAAGUAAGUAAGUAAGUAAGUAAGUAAGUAAGUAAGUAAGUAAGUAAGAACUUUAUUAUUGUGUCAAGGUUGCUUUGGAACACCUACUUGUCUAAUAGUCAAUAAAAUAAUCUAAUAAUCAAUAAAAUAUGAAAUGUAUAUCAGGUUUGGACCAAAGGACAGGGCCUUGGUAGGUCAGGCUAUGUUUGCCAUAAGCAACAGUCUGAAAUCUAGUUAUGACGAAAUCAUGAUAAUUGUUGAAGAUGAUAAUGAGAACUGGUAACAACACCCUUGGUUGUAUUUAAAAUAGCACAUGGGCUAGUGGGUCAACACAACAAUAUGAUAAUUUAAACGAAAAUAUUAGGUAACAAAUCCCAACUGGCAGGAGGAAAACCAGCUGGUUAUCUACAAGCGUGGUGAAGCAGUUAGUCCUGGAACUUCUGAGAAACAAUCACAGUAGUAGUUGGUGGGGUAUUUGAACCUCAGACAUCUGGUUUGCAAGUCCAUUUUACCUACUAAUCAACCAAUUUGAGACUUUUUAUAAACUUUUUCUUGUUCUAAUAAAUACAUUAUUUCAGUAGAUAGUUUACCUGAAAAAUUGAGAAGUUUGUUGCAGUGAUAUUUUAUAUUUUUCCAGAAAACCUCUCAGCUCAAGAAAAUGAUACAAUCCCCUGAUGUUGAAUUCAUUAUGGAGGCACAUAAUGGACUAAGUGCAAAAAUAGUGCAAGAGGCUGGUAAGUAUAUGACAUUCUUUGUCAAUCAGGAAGUAACUCAUUUAAGGUAUUUCUUAAAUAUCUUAAAUUCUACCCCGAGUAUCUGGCUUUCUUUUCUUGGGGAAUUACGAGGAAGCAAGAAAAGAAAGCCCUCCCCUCUUGCUCUCCCUCUGUCUCUCUCUGCAAGGAGGGCCUGAUACUCAGGUUACAUAAAUUCCUGAAGAAAUGCCCCAAAAAUUACUCGAUUCCCUUCCCCCCGUAAAUAACAUAACACUUAUGUUAUUGGCAGUGCGAGGGUGGAUGGUAGCUCUAACCCCCUAACCUCUUAAUCUAAUCAACAGUAACACUGCUUUUUGCCAAGUUAGUAAUGAAUCAUUAAUUAUAUUUUAGUUUAUCCUAGGUAAGUAGUUCAUUAUGAAGAACAUGUCUGGCAGAGUGAUUACUAGAAAAUGCAUAGAUUCAGCCAGGAACACAACAGUGUAACAUAUACUGGGUUUAAUGAAUAUUAUCAAACAUAACCUACAUGAAUAAAUCACUGAAAGGAACUCUUCUGGAGCCUCAGGUUUAUCAUUUCCCAAUACUGAUAUUAUUUUUUAGGGUUUAAGGGUAUCUGGGGUAGCGGUUUAUCCAUAUCUGCUCAGCUUGGUGUGCGUGACAGUAAUGAAGCAUCAUGGACUCAAGUUAUGGAGGUCAUGGAAUUCAUGAGUGAUGCUACAGACAUCCCAAUCUUAUUGGAUGCUGACACUGGCUAUGGAAACUUCAACAAUGCUCGUCGUUUGGUGACAAAGCUUGAACAAAGAGGUGUUGCAGGGGCUUGUAUUGAGGAUAAAUUGUUCCCCAAGACUAACUCUUUGUUGGAUGGCAGAGCACAGCCUCUUGCUGAUAUUGAUGAGUUCUGUGCAAAGAUUAGAGCAUGCAAAGGUACAGUAAUAAUGUUAUUUGUGGUGAUGCAAUUUUAUUAUUUUGUUUGCACAUAUACUUAAAGGCUAGUAUAGAACAUUUGUUAAAAAAAUUCAUUUAUAACUGUACAAAGUGGCAACUUUUAAUUUCUCUACCGCAUACUUUAGACUUGUUUCACUCAGCCCAUCUUUUAGGGAAUUUACACAUGCAGCAAAAAAGGCAGUGGAAAAAUUUUUAAAGGAAGCAAGUGUUUUAAUUUAUUAUAGGAAUACUCAGCAACUGAUUUGUAAUUUCCUACAAUAACUAGAGUUCAAUAAGCCUUUAGUAGUCAUAAAGAUGUUUGUUACUUGUCAAGUGCUUUAUUUCAGACUACAUAUAUACCCAGCUUUUUGAUAAGUCUAAAGUUAUUAAAGUAACAAGCCAUUUUUUUCUGCAGAUACACAAUCAGAUCCAGAUUUUUGCAUUGUUGCCAGAGUGGAGGCAUUCAUUGCUGGAUGGGGUCUGGAAGAAGCCCUGAAACGAUCUGAGGCUUAUCUCAAUGCUGGAGCUGAUGCUAUCUUAAUGCACAGCAAGAAAUCUGACCCUUCAGACAUUGAGUCAUUUGUUAAAGCUUGGAACAACCAGGUAAGAAGUUUACCUUUGUGAUUUGUUUUGUUUGACCACAAACUGGCACAACUGACAGCACCAUCAACCCAUUGUUUGUUGAGAGACAUUUUACAGACGUCAAUUUAAAAGUGAAGUCUUAAGUAAAGAAUGGAUAUAAUCUUGUCAACAAGUCAUCGCAAAGGAUGACUUGGCAGGAGGAAAAAAAAUAUAUUAUGAGAAUGAAUAAUUCAUUAUUAUUGUGUUAAUGAUGUUAAACUAUUUUUAAUAUUUAUUAUCAUUAUUGUUGACAGGGUCCAGUUGUAAUAGUUCCUACCAAGUAUUACACGGUGCCAACAGACAUAUUUAGGGAAUGGGGUAUAUCACUGGUGAUCUGGGCCAAUCACAACCUGAGAGCAUCAGUAACUGCAAUGCAAGAUGUUACCCAGCAAAUAUACAAAGAUCAGUCAUUAGUUAAUGUGGAAAAGAAGGUACAAAGAUUUGUUUGACUGUUGGAGCAUGUGUAUUCAAGACAAAUGAAUAAGAGUACAUGCCUCAGAGUGCCAAUAAAUGUUUGCUCCAGUCUAGGUUUCUAGUAAAUCCUCUGUUCAAUCAAUUUUAAACUUCCCAUUAGCACUUCAGUAAUAGGAGAAAUUUAGCACUGUGUCUACUCACUCACCAUUUAAAUUUGUUUUUCAGGUUGCACCAGUUAAGGAGGUCUUCCGUUUGCAAAGAGAUGAUGAAUUAAAAGAGGCAGAAAAGAAAUACCUUCCUGAGAAAUAAUAUUUUUACUCAAUUUAAA